AUGACUACCAAUACUACUACAACUACUACAUUUCAAUCUAUAUUUAGAGUGAAAUAUAUAAGAGAUUUGAUAUUCAAUCAUGUCUAUAAUACAACAAAACAAUUAUGUCGAUGGCGAUCAUUAAAAGGAAGAGAUAUGAUCAAGUUACCUCUACCCGAAAUGAUAUCAAAGUAUGCAAUGCCUUGGGACUUUCAAAGUCAUUAUCUACCAAAAGAUUGUAAUGAAAUACUAUUGGAUAAAAGAAAAAGAGCGAUCACUCUAUAUUGUUGUCAUCCCAAUGCAACAUUGGAUACACUCAAUCAUCUAUUGGAGUGGUCUCCUGGUGUUGGAUUUGAUUGGGAGUAUUUAGAAAAUAAUGGUUAUUGUUUAACGGUUAGAGAUGAAAAGAUAUUGGAAUACAUGGUCAGUAAAUGUCCUCGAAAGAAUUACUAUUUCGAUUGGGCAAUGGAACAAGCAUGCAAACAUGGUCACCUAUCAAUUGUCAAGUUGAUUUGCUCAACCUUUAAAAGUUUACAUAUCAAAAGUGUAGCAAUGGAUACAGCUUGUAGUAAAGGAUUCAUUGAUAUCGUAAAGUAUUUACUCGACAAUAGAACUGAACAAUGGGGUGAAGCUUCCAUGGAUAGAGCAGCAAACAAUAACCAUUUAGAUAUUGUAAAGCUUCUUCAUUUUCAUAAAAGUAGAGCUAUAGGAUGCACUUUUGAAGCUUUGGAUGGGGCAGCUCUAAACGGUUACAUUGAAAUUGUAAAGUUUCUUCAUUUCAAUCGUACAGAAGGUGCAUCAAUCAAUGCUAUGAAUUGGGCAGCUGAAAAUGGAUACAUUGAAAUUGUACAGUUCCUACAUGAACACCGCAGUGAAGGUGCAUCAACCAUGGCUAUGGAUAAAGCAGCUGAAAAUGGACACAUUGAAAUUGUAAAGUACCUUUCCGAGCAUCGUAGUGAAGGUGCAAAGAAUGCUAUGAAUUGGGCAGCUCGCAAUAGUCACAUUGAAAUUGUAAAGUAUCUUUAUUUGAACAGAACUGAAGGUUAUUCCCCAUUGAUCCUAUCAUAUGUUGCUGCAAGAGGAAACAUUGAAUUGGCAUCUUAUCUUGUCAAUACUGUCAAAGUAGAAUGUGAAACAUUUACUUUAAUAGAGUCACUGGAGAGAGGUCAUAUAGACAUGUUUCAUUUUCUAUAUCAUCAUUUCAAAGAGCAGAGUAAGAUUUGGACACCACAGGUGAUGGAUAUAGCUGCUAAAAAUGGAUAUAUUGAUAUUGUAAAGCUACUUCAUUCCAAUAGAACGGAAGGCGCAUCGACCAAUGCAAUGGAUUGGGCAGCUCUAAACGGCUACAUUGAAACUGUACAGUUCCUUCAUUUCAAUCGUACAGAAGGUGCAACAGCCGGGGCUAUGGAUGGGGCUGCUCAAAAUGGCCACACUUAUGUUGUACAGUUCCUACAUGAGCACCGUAGUGAAGGUGCAACCACCAACGCUAUGGAUUGGGCCGCUGGAUAUAACCACAUUGAAACUGUAAAGUACCUUCAUUUAAACAGGACUGAAGGUGCAACUGUCAAUGCAAUGGAUAGAACAACUUCAGUUGAAAUUGUUAAAGUAUUAAAAGAAAGAUACGAUGAAGCUGUCAAAUUGGUUCUACCACAAUUUGUAGGUCCCACAGGAAUAGAAUCAAUUCAAUCCAUAUUGAAACAAACCAAAAAGAGUGAACAUUUAAAUCAAGUCAGACAACUACUCAAGAAUCAUUUACUUGAUCAUCAGGUGCAAGAAUCAACCAAAAAGAAAGUAUUUCUUGUAAUAAUGAAUACAACAACAACAACAACAACAAACACAAUGAAUACAACAACAACAACAACAACAACAAACACAAUGAAUACAACAACAACAACAACAAACACAUUUCAUUGUAUAUUUAGAGCAAAGUACAUUAGAGAUUUGGUAUUCAAUCACAUCAAUGAUUUAACAAAGCAAUUAGACGGUGGUGAUGGUAGAAAACAACGAUCAUUAAAAGGAAGAGAUAUAAUCAAGUUACCUCUUUUUGGAAUGAUAUCAAGAUAUGCAAUGCCUUGGCACUUUGUUAGACACUAUCUACCAACUGAUUGUAAUCAAAUACUAUUAGAAAGAAGAAUUAGAAUGAUCAAUGAAUAUUAUUAUCAUCCCAAUGCAACAUCAGAUACACUCGAUCAUCUAUUUGCACAUCUAUUGGGACGGUCUCAUGGUGUCUUUGAAUUAGAUUGGGAGUAUUUACAGGACAAUGGUUAUAGAUUAGGGAUUAGAGAUGAAAAGAAAUUGGAAUACAUCGUUACUAAAUGUCCUCAAAAGAAUUACAUUUUUGAUUGGGCAAUGGAGCAAGCAUGCAAAUACAAUCAUCUAUCAAUUGUCAAGUUGAUUUGCUCAAACUUUAAAGGUGUACAAUUAAAAGAGAUAGGAAUGUAUAUUGCUUGUAGUAAAGGAUUCACUGACAUCGUAAAAUAUAUACUCGAUAAUAGAACUGAACAAUGGGGUGAAGAUGCAAUGGAUGCAGCAAUACAAAAUGGUCAUUUAGAGGUUGUAAAGGUUAUUUUUUUUGAUAAAAUAAAUGGAGGAGGUACAAGGAAUGCUCUAAAUUAUGCCGCUGAUCAUGGGUAUUUAGAGAUUGUUAAAUUCUUACAUGAAAAUAGUGAUAAAGGAUGCAGUUGUUAUGCUAUGGAUCAUGCAGCUGAAAAUGGGCACUAUGAAAUUGUAAAGUUUCUUUCAGAGCAUCGUACAGAAGGUGCAUCAACCAAUGCUAUGGAUGGUGCAGCUAAAAAUGGACACUUUGAAAUUGUAAAGUAUCUUUCAGAGUAUCGUAGUGAAGGUGCAUACAGAGCUAUGGAUUUAGCAGCUGAAAACGGCCACUUGGAAAUUUUAAAGUACCUUCAUUUCAAUCGUAGUGAAGGUGCAACAGCCAUGGCUAUGGAUUGGGCAGCUCAAAACAGACACAUUGAUAUUGUAAAGUACCUUUGUGAGCAUCGUACUGAAGGAUGUGUAAGAUCUCUAGAAUAUGCUGCUAGGAAUGGUGAUAUUGAAAUGGUAUUAUAUCUAAUCAACAAUCUCAAAGUAAGAUGUUUCAAUUUUACUUUAAAAGAAGUACUUGAUAAAGGUCGUUUAGAUAUUUUCCAAAUACUUUAUGAUCAUUACAAGGAGAAGAGUGAUAUUUGGACAAAAGACAUCAUGGAUUGUGCUGCUAAAAAUGGGUACAUUGAUAUUGUAAAGCUACUACAUUUCAACAGGACCGAAGGUCCAUCAAGAGGAGCGAUGGUUGGUGCCGCUGCAAUGGGCCACUUUGAUGUAGUCAAGUUUUUACAUGAGCAUCGUACUGAAGGUGCAACAAGAGUAGCUAUAGAUUAUGCAUCUCAAAAUGGCCAUAUUGACAUUGUAAAGUAUCUUUAUCAGCAUCGUAGUGAAGGUGGAACGACCGAUGCUAUGGAUUUGGCAGCUGGAAAUGGACACUAUGAAAUUGUAAAGUAUCUUCAUGAGCAUCGUAGUGAAGGUGCAACGACCACGGCAAUGAAUAGGGCUGCUCGAAAUGGCUACAUUGAUGUAGUAAAGUUCCUUUCAGAGCAUCGUACUGAAGGUGCAACAACCGAUGCUAUGGAUUUGGCAGCUCAAAAUGGACACAUUGAAAUCGUUCAAUUGGCUCUCACACAAUUUGUUGUUAACAGCACAGAUACCAUGUCAUCAAUAGAAUCACUUACAAGAGUCAUAAAACAAAUGAAAAAUAGCGAUCAUUUUGAAGUCUAUCAAUUACUAGAGGAUCAUUUCAAACAACUUCAACAAAAACAUCAACAUGCCAUAGCUGGUAAAGGUUUACUUGGCCAAUUCAAGAAAGUGAAAUACAUAAGAGAAUUGGUAUUCAAUCAUGUGACUAGUCAUUCUAAAGGACGAUCAUUAAAAGGAAGAGAUAUCAUCAACUUACCUCGUCUUGGAAUGAUAUCAAUCUAUGCAAUGCCUUGGGAGUUUAUUUGUCAUUAUCUACCAUCGGAUUGUAAUCAGAUACUACUCGAUAGAAGAAAAAGAGUGAUUAGCCAAUACUGUCAUCAUCCCAAUUCAACAUUGGAUACACUCCAACAUCUAUUUGAAUGGUCUGCUAUCGUUGACUUUGAUUGGGAGUAUUUAAAGAGAUGGUCUUUGUGGUCGUUUAGGAAAAGAUAUAUUGGAAUAUAUCAUCAAGAGAUGUCCGACAGAGGAUAA